AUGAAAUAUCCAAAUGAACGUGAUCAUUUAUUACCAAUAAAUUCUAAUGAUAAUUUUAAAUAUGAAAAUGAAUUAAUUACACAAUAUCAUAAAUCACAUGAACUUAAUACACAGUAUCAUAGAUCCCAUGAACUUAAUACACAGUAUAACUAUGAUAAUAAUCUUAAGGAUAAAUUUAAUGAAACAAAAUAUAAUAAAUUUCGAGAUGAUUUGAAAGAUGAAAUAAGUUUUCAAAGUUUUGAUUUAAGAGAUGAGAAAUUAGAAGAUAUGGAUAUAAAUAAUAAAUUUAAUCAAUUUUGUUUUAAAUUAUUUCAUUCGGAUUUAUCACCUAAAACUUAUUUAUUUUUAUUUCUUUCUAAUAUUUUAAUUCUUUUUGAUAAUAUUUUUUUCGAUACUACUAUUUUAAUUUGUGCUCUUUUAGAACUUUUUGUUACUAUUUUUUUCACACUUGAAGUUUAUAUUAAUUUUAUUCUACAUGUAAGUUUUACGUAA